ACGCGUGCUUAUAUUGCUCAAAGGUUUACCAUCAAGACUACACACCGGUCCUGACAUUGGAUACUCAUUAAUUUACUUUUUAUGAAAACCCACACGAGAGUAAUUUUUCAUUCGUACUUUCACUUUUCCAUGAAGAGUGAAAGUUACUAUUUUGUUCGGUUUUAUAUGGUGUGUGGAUUAACACAAUCUCGUCAAUUAAGCGUCGAGUAGUGUUUUCUCACUCCGGCGUUGGGUGAAGUUUUCAGCACUACAGAAAGAGAACAGCGACCAGAGCAGCGCAACAUGGAACCGUCCACAGCGCCCGUUGCUGAUCUAGACGAUCUUUACUCCGUUAUCCCGUUUAAUGUCACCUUUCCGGACGACACAAUGAGGUUCGUGCCCAACGGCAACUACACAGAUCAGGCACAGGCUCGGAGCCCCGCCGGUAUGAUAAUAGCCAUCUCCAUCACGGCUCUCUACUCCGUGAUCUGUGUGGUGGGACUUCUGGGCAACAUCCUUGUUAUGUACGGGGUGGUGAGAUACACUAAAAUGAAGACCGCCACCAACAUCUACAUCUUCAACCUGGCUCUGGCAGACGCUCUGGCCACCAGCACGCUGCCCUUCCAGAGCGCCAAGUACCUGAUGAACACCUGGCCCUUCGGGGAGCUCCUGUGCAAGGUGGUCAUCGCCAUCGACUACUACAACAUGUUCACCAGCAUCUUCACGCUGACCAUGAUGAGCGUGGACCGCUACAUCGCCGUGUGCCACCCCGUGCGUGCCCUGGAGUUCCGCACGCCUGCCAAGGCCAAGAUGAUCAACGUGCUGAUCUGGGUCUUGUCCUCGGCCAUUGGUGUGCCUAUCAUGGUCAUGGCUGUGAUCAAGGAGUCAGACAGUGGUAAAACUAUGUGCAUGCUGAAGUUCCCUGACCCUGACUGGUACUGGGACGGGGUAACCAAGAUCUGCGUGUUCCUCUUUGCCUUCGUGGUGCCCGUCCUGGUGAUCACCAUCUGCUACGGCCUGAUGAUCCUGCGUCUGAAGAGCGUCCGCCUGCUCUCCGGCUCCAAGGAGAAAGAUCGCAACAUGCGCCGCAUCACCCGCAUGGUCCUGGUGGUGGUGGCGGCCUUCAUCGUCUGCUGGACGCCCAUCCACAUCUUCAUCAUCGUCAAGACCUUGGUGGACAUCAACACCAGGAACCCUUUGGUGGUGGCCAGCUGGCACCUGUGCAUCGCCCUGGGCUACAUCAACAGCAGCCUCAACCCCGUCCUCUACGCCUUCCUGGACGAGAACUUCAAGAGGUGCUUCAGGGAUUUCUGCCUUCCCUGCCGGACCCAGGUGAACCAGAACAACCCGUCCACAGCUCGGAACGCCACCCAGGAGCCUGUGUCUGUCUUCGUGCCCUCGGGGGCGGGGAAGAAGCCGGUAUGACUAGGCAUGGACCGGAUCCCUCGUGGUUCACGAUCCAGAAGGAUCCAGCAAGAUCUACAUUCAGAGGUCACGCAAAUCUCUACCACUGAGUUCUAAGAGGCCAUGAAGGACCGGUUCACAUCAUCCAGUCUACACAUUUAGACUCAAAAGCACCAUUGAAGCUCGCAAGAAAAAGGCAAUUAAAGAUGUCAUUGAUUGCUUUUCCAAAAGGUCACCUUGGCGACGGUUCUAGAGAUUAUCUACAGGAAGAGGGAGAUUUGUCUUUUAGGCAAAAUGAGGACAAGGGCACUGGUCCGAAGGUACCAAAUUUGAACAUGUUUUUAACCGCCAUGUUCCCAAUGUUCUCAUGGGCCAUGCCAACCACGACAGUUAGAACUAGGUGUCAGUUCUAUAAUGAAGAUGACAGGGUAGAUACAAAUAUACAGUAAUUCAGUUCUAGAUUAAUUGUACAUGUGAAAUGUGUACAAUAUAGAAGGUUACGAUUGUCUAGACUUUUUAGAGAUAGAGGGAGAGUUUGAGUAAAUGCGUUAGAACAAGUUAAGUGUGAUAUGGAUGUUUGCCUCUUGUAAAUUAUACAGACAGUGUUGUGACUUUAAAUCACUUUCUGAAAUCACUCAGACAUUCAUGUCAAGUUAUUCACUCACCCAUAGCCAGUCAGAAAAGAUAGACAACAGAAUGUGUUAAACUGCUGCAUUCACCCGUCUAAUAUGAGGUCCAGGCCCUGCAGACACAGAGACACAGAGCGCAUCCCUCAUAAGCCUUGACAAACAGACUCAAAUGGAACAAAUAAGCACGGCAGAACAGGAAAGGCCAGUUUAUGAGGCCUUCGUUUCCAUGGGAAUGGACGUUGAAGCUCUUGAAGUCCUAAAAACUCACAAUGCUGAGGAUCUCCAAAGACACAAUCAUGCGACACGAGACGUAAUCAACACAUUGGUUUUGCCUAUCAGAUAAAUGUUUCUGGUAGGCUUAUUUACUAUAAGAGCUAAACUCUUUAACUUUUUACCUUUUUAUCCUCCUCAGAGCAGAGGCGUAACACCCACAUUUAAAAGAGAACAAACCGUCCAGACAAAACAACUGGUCAGUAAUGAAUUGAAGACUCCGUUAAAGAGCGAGGAACCAUGGUGAGAAGGCAUGCAACCUUGGCGGAAGUGGAGUAUUCAAGUUAAAUUUCCCAAUUUGCAGUAAACAAAAAAACACAGCUUGAUUACUUACAAGUAAGAGAAAGAAAAUGUUAGUAAUGUAAGGUCUUAGACUUUGGUGAUAUGUUAUCCAGUACAUUAACCUCUCUGUGCUUGUACCAAAUUCAAAAGGGUGUUGAAUCUUGUAUGCCCACUAAUUGCUUAAAAUAAACCUCCUUCUCUUUCUGGGGUGGUUGGAACCUGAGUGGUAUCUCUGAGCAGAAUACAGUGACAAUGGAGGUUGACUCUGGGACACACAGCACAACUUACCGGUAAUACUAUUAACUGUAUGAAUGCAUUUAUUUUCUGUCCAAUGUGAAAUCAAACUGCAGCAACAGAAUACUCACUGUGGGCAGAAAAGUAUCCGACUAAUGGACUGUCUCUGCUGAAUCAGUACAGUGUUUUAUCAGAUUCUAAAGAUUAACUAAGAGAUUCUGAGGACUCAUUUGUCACUCUAAUGGGUAAAUGAUUUUCUACUUCGCAAUGCUGUAAUUAUUUCCCAUAAAUAUUUUGUCUGUACAAAUUUGGACAUGUUUACUGUGACUUACAUACUGUAUU